GGAACCCCAAGUCAAAUGGAAAUUGACAAGUGGAAGUAGUGUUAAUUGGAUAUAACCUCCCAUUCACUAGAAACUACACCAAAGUACCAAACCAAUCUUCUUUCGAUCACAGUUCUAGUGAACCCAAGUCCAUGUAUUCAAUCCAACCAAAAUGAAAACUUCAAAAUUUCAACUACACUAACUAAUCAAAUCAAUAGAAUCCAUUUUUUUUUCUUGAAAACGAAAAGGAGCUAUGGCAAAACAAAUGAAGAACUUCUGUUGGAGAAACACAAUGGAAAAACUGAAACGCUGUCUGCAGGUCAACACUUUAAAACUAGAAAGUGUGCCUAGGGUCUUAGGCAAGCUUGAUACUGGCUUAAGCUGCUCAUGUUUAACGGGUUUGAACUCGAAGAAUUCAUCAUUUGACAUUUUUUAUUUUUGGUAGUCAUUUUUAUGCUACUGGUGAUCAGAAUUUAAUAGAGGAUGCUGUUUUGGUUAUGAUGUUCCAAACCAUAGUUCUGGCCUUGAAGGUGAUUUUAUGGGUCAUAGGUGUACCUUAGGAAUUAGGAAGUACUAAUGAUGAAUAUUUGGGAAGUUUCUUCGGUGGUCUCUCGUGUUUUACAGCUAUGAAUUCCAACACUUACGGGCACAUCAACGUAUGCUUGUACAUAACUAUGUUUUAAAUAGAGUUUUAGUGCUUCAAAAUCUGUCUAAGUUGUACGGAACUGUGUAGAGUCUGACGCUUAAACAGAUUGAUGUCGGGAUGUAUAAAUUUAUUCUUAGCUUUUUCCAGGCUCAUUGUGCGUGCAUGUCUGCUAGUUAAUCAGAAUAAGAAAUGCAGUGUUCGAGUGUUCCGACUGCUUUGAAAGCAUUCCCUCUUGCAAGAUUGUUGAUAACAAGACAAGCUUGUAGCAAAUUAUUCAUUGGAGGUCUUUCUCAUGACACCAACGAACCUGUACUCAAGGAAGCUUUUGAGCAACAUGGUGAAAUCAUUGAAGUUAAGGUUAUAGGUGAUCAUCGAAGUGGGAAAUCAAAAGGGUAUGGGUUUGUGCAGUUCAUGUCUGAAAAGUCAGCAAGCACAGCUUUAGAAGAAUUGAAUGGUCAGUUAUUAGACGGUAGAAACAUACGCGUAUUCUAUGCAAACAAAGAUGGAUGACAGAAACUGUGGCAUAGAACAAGGUUUGCUGACUUAAUGAUUGAUUGUGCUAUCUGAGCUAAAAUUUGAUGGAACUUGUCAUCCAAGUUCAUACUUUCAUUACAUUGCAUUAUUCCUCCCCAUUAAAGUUCUAAUGCUUGAGCUUAACUACAGAACCAGUAAACCAGGUACAGCGAAAGCAGCAUGAAGUGCUUUUAUGGGUUUUACCGGCAACUAUUAAGUUUAUAAUAAAAUACAGCUUUCUACUUCCUAUACCAUUGUGGCAAAGUUUAAGCUUUUACUUUAGGACAAAAACAAGAAAAUUACUAGUGUUCUCAAGAGAAGCGACCAAAGUGAAGAUUUUCUUUUCUUCCUUUUUCUUUUCUUGCCAAGAAAUGUUCGGUUAAUGUGAUGCUUCAAACUAGUCAUUGACAUACAUAACGAGACAUGACUCAGGCAAAUAUCAAAUUUAUUACAUGUAUUUUUUUAUUUAAUUUUUUUAGGAUAAAUAACCACAACUUGAUCAAUUAUAAAUGUCCAUAGCAUAGUCGAGCAGUUGAUCAA